CCGUUCGCUGUGCGAAAAUGACGACAAACCUAUGUUUUCACAAAAAACAAAGUCGAAAUAAUUGAAACGGGAGUUCUAGUGUUAAUUAUAUGAUCGUAACAUUAUUCCAGAGAGCCCUAGAUCUCUGUAUCAACAACACUGAUGACACUGGUGACAAAUGCAAGUUAAAGCCGAAUACAGAACGAAAAAAAAGAAGAAAAAAAGGAAAAGGAAAUCACUUCCGGGACCAAAGAACCCUCCCACUUGACAAGAAAUUCAUCCAGCCACAGGCUACGGAAAUUCCGUUGGGUCAAUCCACUGUUAAACCUUUCGCCAUCAGUGAUCAGUGCGAUAUUCUUCCAAUGGCGAGAUAAUGAUGAAAACGGGACCGCUGCUCAAGGCAAAGAAAAAGAUCUACUGUGUUUGUCGAUCGGCGCUGAAGUUUGCCGAUGGUCGAUAGCGACGGACAGCUUGAUGAUCAGAGGGACAGCUGGGGAGAAGUGUUCAGGUGGUGGCUUCAAGGAGACUGCUGUGAUGCUACGUAGGCAACUGGAAGAAAAGGGCUUCUCUACCAUGAGGGAGUGUGUGUGAGCCCGGUUUUCUGGAGACACAAGAGCGCUACCAAUCCGCUUUUGGGAUUUUUUUUUUUUAUUUAUGUUUUUUUAAUUUUAUUUCGUGAAUUGUUUGCUUUUACAGAUACGUUGUUUUAGGACACAGUGCGGAUACAAAGCGGACUGGUGAACUUUUGGGGAAUGGCAGGUCGAAGCCGAAGAGCAUGGUUUAGUGUUCUGCUGGGACUGGUUGUCGGGUUCACGCUGGCUUCCAGACUCAUUUUACCCAAGGCGACCGAGUUGAAGAAAGCCGGCCAAAAGCGAAAAGCAAACCCUGCCGGUUGCGGCUUGAACCGGGGGCUGAGAACGGAAUACGGCGGAGUACAAUGGCCACCGCAAGAUAACGGUUCACCGGCGACCGAAAAACCAGGCUCCAGGACCAAGAAUUUCCUGUUCGUCGGUGUCAUGACUGCCCAGAAGUACCUGGACAGCCGAGCCGUUGCGGCACACAGGACGUGGGCUCAGACAAUUCCAGGUCGAGUGGAGUUCUUCUCCAGUGAGGGCUCCAACACUGGCAUACCUAUUCCCAUAGUGGCUCUGAGGAAUGUGGAUGACUCAUACCCACCCCAGAAGAAGUCCUUCAUGAUGCUGAAGUAUAUGCAUGACCAUUACCUGGACAAGUACGAGUGGUUUAUGAGGGCUGACGAUGAUGUCUACAUCAAGAGUGAAAGGCUGGAGAGCUUCCUGCGCAGUCUCAACAGUAGUGAAGCCAUCUUCCUGGGUCAAACAGGCAUGGGGGCCCGGGACGAGCUAGGGAAACUGGCCCUGGAGCCUGGGGAGAACUUUUGCAUGGGGGGGCCGGGGGUCAUCAUGAGCCGUGAGGUCCUCAAGAGGAUGGUUCCCCACAUCCGCGAGUGUCUACAGGAGAUGUACACCACCCAUGAGGAUGUGGAGGUGGGCCGUUGUGUCAGAAGGUUUGCGGGGGUCCAGUGUGUCUGGUCUUAUGAGAUGCAGCAGCUCUUCUAUGAGAACUAUGAACCAAAUAAGAAGGGCUACAUACGUGAUCUGCACAACAGCAAAAUCCAUCGAGCCAUCACGCUCCACCCCAACAAGAACCCUCCCUACCAGUAUCGCCUACACAGCUAUAUGCUCAGCCGCAAGAUUGCAGACCUGCGCCACCGAACCAUUCAGCUCCAUCGGGAGAUCGUCCAGAUGGGGCGCUAUGGAGCGGCUGAACCCAGCCGAGAGGACCUCCAGCUAGGCAUGCCGCCCUCUUUCAUGCGCUUCCACCCACGGCAGAGGGAGGAUGUCCUGGAGUGGGAGUUUCUGACAGGGAAGUACCUGUUCUCAGCAUCUGAUGGUCAGCCUCCUCGUCGCGGGAUGGAUUCCUCCCAGAGGCAAGCCCUGGAUGACAUCAUCAUGCAAGUGAUGGAGAUGAUCAACGCCAAUGCUAAGACACGGGGGCGGGUCAUUGAUUUCAAAGAAAUCCAGUACGGCUACCGGAGGGUCAAUCCCUUAUAUGGGGCAGAGUAUGUGCUUGAUCUGCUGCUGCUGUACAAGAAGCACAAAGGAAAGACAAUGACAGUCCCUGUGAGAAGACAUGCAUACCUGCAGCAGACCUUCAGCCAGAUCCAGUUCAGAGAGGAGGACGAGAUGGAUGCCAGAGCUCUGGCCAGUCACAUCAACAAGGAGUCAGACUCCCUCUCAUUUCUCUCCAACUCCCUCAAGAUGCUGGUUCCCUUCAAGCUGGCCACCUCUGGCCAGGACCAGAGGGAACCAAAAGAGAAGAAAGUAAACAUCUUGGUACCUCUGUCAGGACGCUAUGACAUCUUUGUGCGCUUCAUGGCCAAUUUUGAACGAGUUUGUCUGAUCCCCAACCAGAAUGUCAAGCUGCUGAUCCUGCUCUUCAGCACAGACAACAACACAGAGCGGGUCAAACAGGUGGAGCUGAUGAGAGAGUAUCACAUGAAGUAUCCCCGGGCCGAGAUGGAGAUAAAGCCCGUCACCGGCUCCUUCUCCAGGGCUCUAGCUUUGGAAGUGGGUUCCUUGCACUUCUCUAACGAUUCACUGCUCUUCUACUGUGAUGUGGAUCUGCUCUUCACUAGUGAUUUCCUCAAGCGAUGUCGAACCAAUACGGCCCUGGGGGAGCAGUCCUACUUCCCCAUCAUCUUCAGUCAGUAUGACCCCAAGGUGGUGUACGCUGGGAAGGUCCCCAGCAACAACCACUAUGUCUUCACUUCCAAGACAGGCUUGUGGAGGAACUACGGCUUUGGGAUCGUCUGUGUCUACAAGGGAGACUUGGUUCGAGCUGGAGGCUUUGACACCUCCAUACAGGGGUGGGGGCUGGAGGAUGUGGACCUCUUUAAUAAAUUUGUCCAGUCAGGGAUUAAGUUGUUCAGAAGCACAGACACAGGGAUAGUGCAUGUCCACCACCCUGUCAUAUGUGACCCCAACCUAGAGGCGAAGCAAUAUAAGAUGUGCCUGGGUUCCAAAGCCUCCUCGCACGGCUCCACCCAGCAGCUGGCUGAGCUUUGGCUGGAGAAGAACGACCAGAGCUUCAGGAGACUGGCCACCAAUAACGGCUCAGUUAGGACAGUGCCUUUCUGACGGGUGAGGUGGGAACCAGUCUGGCCUUUAUUCCAGUGGUAUGACAUGGGAGCAGCGCUCUGGUCGGCCAGCUCAAGUCACACAUCACUGUCUCUUUUUACAAAUGACUUUCUUUUAUGUUGAAACAAAAAAGUGUUGUGGCUGGUCCCAGUCUGCAAAGGGGUGGCUUGAGUGCUGAUUCCAUUGAGCUGUGAGAUAACCCACAUUGUCUGGUCCUGUGUUUCUGGUUUGAAGCCUGAAAUACUGUCCUGCUCUCCUGCCUGUGUUGCCAAUAGGCAGGUACUGUAGUUGUAGCACUCCAUUGGGUUAAUGUUCCAGCAUUACAACAUGAAUGGCUGAUAUUUAAGACUGAUGUAACAGGAUGAGUCAUUUUUUUUUUUUGUUUUCUUUGACUUUUUUUUGUAAUUUUUGUUCUUUCAGCUCUGUCCAACUGGGCAAGGUUUUCUAUUUAAAUCUAAAUAAAAUGGGGGUCAAAGUAUUAAAUGUGCUGCUUUUGU